CGUGGCAUGGCAACUGGCCAGGCUGAGGAAGUGGGUUGGUGGCUGAGUCCAGGUUGUGAGUGCGGGUCCGUCCGCGAACCUUGACCCCGGUUCCCGGGGCAACCCGAGAGGCGGCAGAGGCAAUGGCGACCAGCGGUGGGGGAGAUGAGGGAGGAGGAACGAGGCGGCGACGGGGACACGGACACGGACACGGCAGCGGAAAGGCGUCGCGGACCCUGAGCCACAAGGAUUUGAAGGAACUGAAGGAGGAGGAGGAGGAACACCGGGAUUCAACUGAACUCAGUUGCCAUAAGCUCCAGGAGUCCUUGUUGAGCUCAGCGAGUGGGUUCAGCAAUUACAGAGGAAUUCUCAAUUGGUGUGUGGUGAUGCUGAUUUUGAGCAAUGCACGCCUUUUCCUGGAGAAUCUUAUUAAGUAUGGCAUCUUAGUGGAUCCAAUCCAAGUAAUCUCACUCUUCCUGAAGGAUCCCUAUAGCUGGCCUGCUUUGUGUCUCAUCAUUGCCUCGAACAUUUUUGUAAUAGUGACGCUGCAGAUUGAGAGGAAAAUAGCUGUGGGUUCUUUGUCUGAGAGAUGGGGGUUCAUCUUGCACACCAUUAAUCUGAUCACCAUACUCACCUUCCCUGCCGCUGUGGUGUUAACUGUCCCCUCUGUAACUCCAGUUGGUGCUGUGCUGGCUCUGAUGUGCUACACCGUCCUCUUCCUCAAGUUCUACUCGUACAAGGACGUAAACAGAUGGAGUAGGGAACAGUGCAAAGCCAAAGUGAAGACUUUAUCAAGGUCAAUGUCAGCGCCCGGGCUGAAGGAGAAUGGAGAAGCCGUACAGUCGGUAGUGGUGUAUCCAGGAAACCUGACGUACAAAGAUAUGUACUACUUCCUGUUUGCACCCACCCUGUGCUACGAGCUAAACUUCCCCCGGUCACCCCGAAUCCGCAAGCGGUUCCUGCUGAGGCGAAUGUUUGAAAUGCUUUUCUUCAUCCAGUUACAAGUGGGGUUAAUUCAGCAGUGGAUGGUGCCAGCCAUACAGAAUUCCAUGAAGCCAUUCAGAGAUAUGGACUAUUCCAGGAUGAUUGAACGCCUUCUGAAGCUUGCCGUACCCAACCACCUGAUCUGGCUCAUCUUCUUCUACUGGUUCUUCCACUCCUCUAUGAACUUCUUGGCUGAGCUGAUGCAGUUCGGAGACCGGGAGUUCUACAGGGACUGGUGGAAUUCGGAAACAGUGACGUACUUCUGGAAGAACUGGAAUAUUCCCGUCCACAAGUGGUGCAGCAGACACUUCUACAAGCCCAUGCUGAAGCAGGGGGUGAACAAGCGAACGGCUCAGACAGCAGUCUUCCUCGCCUCAGCUUUCUUCCAUGAGUACCUGGUCAGCGUCCCUCUGAAGAUGUUCCGGCUCUGGGCAUUCAUGGGCAUGAUGGCGCAGGUGCCGUUGGCCUGGCUGGUGGGCCGGUUCCUGAGUGGGAAUUACGGCAAUGCAGCCGUCUGGCUCUCCCUGAUCAUUGGUCAGCCAGUGGCCGUCCUCAUGUACGUCCACGACUACUACAUCCUGAACUACGGCGGCAGCCUGUGACUCCCGCACCCUCCUGCCACCCUCACCAGGAGCCUUCGGGUGGGGGGAGAGCAAGUGUCCCUAUUUCAUUACCUGAGUGAGAGAUUAAUGCCUUAAAGGGGCAGGAAACGACCCUUUAAUUAGAAGUAACUCCAGCUGUGGGGAGUGGAGGGGGUCAGGGC